AUGAGUCAGAAUCAACAAGCAAGUUGUAUCUCCCUUCCAUCACAGACAGUUCCAAAUCCAAAGGGAACCGGCAAUGUUAGUGCCAUCUCUCUGCGGUCUGGCAAGCAACUGAAGGAACCAAACCAAUCUGCUGUUAAGUCAUCUCAAGGAGGUGACACUGGUUCAAGGAAGCAAAAUACUGAUACUUCUGAUGUCCACAUUCCGUUACCUUUUCCUCAAAGAGCCACUCAGUCUAAAAAGCAAGCAGCAAAAGCUCAAGAUAAAGAGAUUCUUGACACCUUCAGAAAAGUAGAGGUCAAUAUCCCACUCUUGGAUGCGAUUCAGCAAAUUCCAAGAUAUGCUAAGUUUCUGAAGGAGUUAUGCACCAACAAGAGGAGGUUGAAAGGAGAUGAACGAGUCAGCGUCAGCCAGAAUAUGUCAGCACUCAUCCAGCCCAUGCCCAAGAAGUGCCAAGAUCCAGGGACAUUUACUAUCCCUUGCAUUAUUGGAAAUUCUAUUUUUCAUGAUUGUAUGUUAGACUUAAGAGCAUCCAUUAAUGUUAUGCCUGAAUCUGUGUAUAAGUCUCUUGGUCUUGAUCCCUCGCGUGCUACUGGUAUUGUUGUUCAGUUAGCCAACAGGAGUAGUGUUCAUCCUUCUGGUGUAGUUGAAGAUAUAUUAGUUAGGGUGAACAAUCUGAUUUUUCCUGCUGAUUUCUAUGUCUUAGGGAUGGAGGGUGAGAUUCCUAGUAGUACAAUUAUACUUGGUAGACCUUUCAUGAAAACUGCUAGGACUAAGAUAGAUGUGCAUGCUGAAUUAUCAUCAUUACUUGAUUCUGCUCUGUCAUGUGAUUGUACCGAUAGUAGUAACUGUACUGCUUGUGCUGAGAUAGCUUUGUGUUGUUCUGAUUUUAAUCAUGUAUUGAAUGAUGAUUUGCACAGUGGUUCUGCAUUGGUGUUGAAUUCUGAGUUGCCUGUUGAAAUUAUUGAAGGUUCUAUUUCUGAGAAUUUGAUUGCAGGCAUAGAUGUUAAUGUGUUUUCUGCAGAACCUGCACCCACUAGACUUCUCCCAUCCACUGAGCAACCACUUAAGUUGGAAGUGAAGGAUCUACCUGACCAUCUGAAGUAUGCAUAUCUGGAGGAAAAUGAGCAGUUACCUGUGAUAGUGGCCAAGACCCUUCUACCUGAGUGGGAGGAAAAGCUUCUGACAUUGCCGAUACAGGCCGACAUCAUUUAUCCCAUUUCAGAUAGCUGGUGGGUCAACCCGUUUCAAGUGGUUCCCAAGAAGUCUGGAGUGACUGUAAUGGCAAAUCCGAAAAAUGAACUGGUUCCAGCAAGAGCUCAGAACACUAACAGAUAG